GAGAGCAAGGGAAGGGCAGAGAGAGGGAGAUAGAAUCCCAAGCAAGUUUUGCAAUGUCAGCCCAGAUCUAAUGUGGAGCUGAAACUGAUGAAUCAUGAGAUCAUGACCUGAACCGAAAUCAAGAUUUGGACGCUUAACCGACUGAGCCACCCAGGAGCCCAACUUCUCCUUACUUUUUAAUUCUUUCUGUAAAAACAGUGUUUCUGAAAUAAUCUAGCCACAGAAGAUAUAAGAAUCUACAGCGACCAGUAGCCCACCCUCUAUCUUAACCCAUCAAUCAAUGUCAGGGCCAUGGAAACCCCUUCCCACAUUCCAUGUCUUUUCCCUCUCAUUCCCCCAGAAUUCCUCUUCCUGAUUUUGGAGAAUAUUCUCUUUAAUGCUCAUUAGCUGUUAUUCUUCUUUUUUCUCAUUAAAUUAUAAUAUGCAUUUAUUUCCAAAAUAUAUUAUGGAAUGACCAUUCUGAGGAAUCAAGCACACCUGUGAAAUCUGAACACUCUUGUUCAUCAUACAGUAGCUGUAAAAGUUCUAGGAGCAAAACAGUCUUGUUAAGGCACACACACUAUGUAAACCUUAAAGAAGGUGUUAUCAACCUUGAUUUGAGGUACUGCUUUUCAAUGUCCAAUAGUCUGGAAAAUCACUAGAGGAAUCAGCUGGCAGGGGGGAAUUACCACAGUAAAGGCACCUCCCUCACACACCCACACUCUGACAUAUUAUAGUUCUAGAAAGGUGGGGUGUAUGGACAUUACUACAUUUGAUGUGCUAGGCAUUUUGUAUAUUGUCCCCAUCAAGAACAUGAAGGAAAAACAGAUCUCAAGGUCCCAUGCACAGCCUGAUGUAGACCAAGUUCAUGUAGCUUCCAGCCUAAUGGUUCUUCUCACUACUCAGGGUCCUCAAAUAUUUUAUGCUGAGGAUCCUGUUCCUCAAGUGAUUUCUUGCCCAGUAAGGCUAGAGGGACAGCCGAUAAAGAAACUCACCUUGACUGGGGCCAAUGGCUUCCCACCACAGAGCCCCUUGAUACUUUGAAAAUAACACCUAUUUAUAUAUAACACAUUAACUGUAACCUUAAACAGAACCAAAAAGUAGGGAUUUCAGGAAAAAGGGGCUAAUGUAACCAUUAAAUCAAACAUUCCAAACAAUUUGUUGGCCACAGUGAGCUUCAUAAACAUUCCCUCCCACCCAGGACCCACUGAAAAUCACACAGAGGGAGGAGCCCUGUCCACACCCCCAUCACAGCACAGGACCUAAUUCUCUGUUCCUCACUAUUGAGAUUCUCCGAAAAAAGUAAAGGGACUGUGUCCUCAGAGGCAGUUCCCCUGUGCAAGCAACUUCAUUGCAUCUUGGAAGAAAGCAACCUUUCCCAUUCUGCAGAGGAAGAAGGACACAUUCCCAAGACAAUAUCUGUACUCCUUUUUUACUUUUGAGGGUUUCCAAAAAUAAUUUUAACUCGCCUACCAUGAAUCACUAGCCCCCUAUUAACCCCAGGGCCAACCACCUUAGUUUGGGGAGCACAUCAGUUGACCUCAAACCAUUGCUUGGCUCAGAGGUAGCAUCCUAAGAGGACACAGUCCUGGUUGGGCUCAGGGUACAGCCCCAGUAGGUAUGGAUUUGAUACAGCUUCAUUAAACUACUGGAACUCUGGCCCCUCCUUUCAUGGAGGGUUGGGGGUGGGACCUCAGCUCUAGGAGCCACAGCGCUGGAUCCAAGAACACAGUUCACUGGCAUCACUGACUGUGGCCAGGCCUCCGCACCACUAGCCCUCGGUGUGGCCCACAGCACCAUCGGCUCCACACACGGGCCUCCCUAGCAAUCCACACAGUCAUGUCGUCACACAUCCGCGUAGCGCUUGUGACCGGGGCCAACAAGGGCGUUGGCUUCGCCACCGUGCGCAACCUGUGCCGGCAGUUCUUCGGGGACGUGGUGCUCACGGCACGGGACGAGGCGCGGGGACGGGCGGCCGUGCAGCAGCUCCAGGGGGAGGGCCUGAGUCCGCGCUUCCACCUGCUGGACAUCGAUGACCUGCAGAGCAUCCGCGCCCUGCGUGAUUUCCUGCGCAAGGAGUACGGGGGCCUGGACGUGCUGGUCAACAACGCGGGCAUUGCCUUUGAUAGUGGUGACCCCACCCCCUUACAUAUUCAAGCGCAACUGACAUUGAAAACAAACUUCUUUGGUACUCGAGACGUGUGCACAGAACUGCUGCCUCUAAUGAAACCACAAGGCAGAGUGGUCAAUGUGUCUAGCAUAAUGAGCUUAGUAGCUCUUAAGAACUGCAACCCAGGAAUGCAGCAGAAGUUCAGAAGUGAGACUAUCACAGAGGAGGAGCUGGUGGGGCUCAUGAACAAGUUUGUGGAAGACACAAAGAGUGGGGUACACAGGAAGGAGGGCUGGCCUGAUAUGAGGGCACUCACAUAUGGAGUGUCAAAGAUUGGUGUCACGGUUCUGUCCAGAAUCCAUGCCAGGAAACUGAGUGAGCAGAGGAGGGGAGACAGGAUCCUCCUGAAUGCCUGCUGCCCUGGGUGGGUGAGAACAGACAUGGGUGGACCUACAGCCAUUAAAAGCCUGGAAGAAGGAGCAGAGACUCCUGUCUACUUGGCCCUUUUGCCCUCGAAUGCUAAGGGACCUCACGGGGAGUUUGUAAUGGAGAAGAAAGUUGAACAAUGGGCCCCCCCCUCUCAGUUCCCUCCAUGGGUCCCAUUAUGAUACUUCCAUGAUUUGACCAUGAGAUUACACUAUCAGCAAUGUCCUUGUCAAAGAAAAGAAAGAAAGAACCUUUAUUUGUAUCAAGUACUCACCUUGAAUUAGCUACUAUUUCUGUGAAGUCUUCUGUGAUAUAUGAGAAGGAAAAGUGGACUUAAUGACAAUAGUGAAUGAACAUCAUAGAUGAAUAAAGAGUUAUAAGUAAAUGUCCAUGUGUGCAGCUUAUUGCUUGCCAACCAGCCCAAAACACUAACAGAACCUAAGUUAGGUCAAGAGAAGGGACAUUUUAACACAGGAGUUGAUAAAUAUUAGUGAAAGAGCCACAGAGUGAAUGUAUUUGCCUUUGCAGGCCAAUGGCUUCUGUUGGGCGUACUCAUAUCUGCUGUUGUAGCUUUAAAGUUACCAAAGAUGAUAUAUAAACCCAUGAAUGGGGAUGGACUUCCCUUGCUAGCAUACUUUAUCAGCCUCUACUAUGACAUGUGC